GUUACGUCACAGAUUAACAGCCAAUCCCAGCGCACAGCGCCAACAUCACUGGCUGCCUGAAAACAUGGCGGGGAAGCAGGAAGAAGUCAGCUUUAAAAAGGAAACGGUGAGCAAACUUCUGUCCAGUUCCUUUAAGGAGGACAAAACCAAAUUAAGCGGCGAUGCCACACUGCUCAUGAGAGAAAUGCUGAAAAUAUUUGUUAAAGAAGCGGCGCUCAGAUCACUGAAGCAAGCCGAAGCCGAGGACUGCAACCAAGUAGAGAUUGAGCAUUUUGAAAAAAUCCUGCCUCAGCUGCUUCUGGAUUUCUAAGAGGAACCACAAGAUGGAGCCAUAGUGCUGCUAACAUGUUUUUUUGCAAGUUUUGUUUUUGAGAGUUUUUGUUGCUGUUGUUGUUGUUGUUGUUUUUUGCUCAGCAUAAAUUAAAUUUCCUAAUUGAAUCUGGAAUCCCAUUAAUAUUCAUGUCAUGCGUUGAUUUUAUUUUAUUUUUUCUGAUUUAAAGUUAAAGAACCCCACAGCGUCAAACCCCACUUCCACCAAUGAGGGCCACCUGUGCUCAUCUGUGGAACAACAGGUGCUUCCAGCAUGCUCCGUGGCGCCCUUCAUCAAAGCCUCCAGGAGCAGUUGGAAGCAAUUAGAGUAAUAAGGGGAGCAGCCAGUCCCUUAGAUGAUGACAAGUGCCAGGAAAAAAGGAGUACCCCCUCCGGCCACUUUGAAGUUCCCUUUUGCUGUCCUGCGAUGUUUGGUUAGAGGUAGGGGGAAGGGCAAAGGGGACCUCUGGCACAGGGAGGAAAGUUGAAUGGGAGUGUGUGUGUGUGUGUGUGUGUGUGUGUGUGUGUGUGUGUGUGUGUGUUAAGUUAGCCAAACACGGCCAGAGACCACACGCAUAGAGAUUCUGUUUGAAAGGAAACAUAACAAAACACAUCGGAACAUGGUCCAAGAGGAGCAGGGUGUAAUUCUGAAGGUAAAUAAACAAAACAGGCGAGUAGUAGAGGUGCUCUCUCUGCUUUCAUCACAGCAGAGGGAGGAGGGAGGAGGGGGGGUUACUAGGCCUACCGGAGAGAGGCUAAUUUGGGGUUUUUCAAACCCGAGUGGCUCUUAUGUUUUUCCACCAGCGGUGUGUUUGACCAAAGUGUCUUUUUUUUUUUUUACUGUGAGUCAGCAUAGCUGUACAACACCUCGCUCUGUUUAUUUGUGUGCCUCUUGGGUGAGUCACUGGACUCGCAUACAGCUGGAAGCAACUUAAGUGAAAGUCAAGAAUCCAAAGGGUCGGAUAGGUGUUCAAGGACGCGGCACCUGGGGUUUGACCCAGAACCUUUUCAGGCUUUGAAAGGCCCAGGUCGGAUUGCGCGACUUCCAGAGAAGGCGGCCAGGGAGAGGCGUGCUUGGGUUGAGCGAUGCGAAGUUUCGGAGUAACAAUAUCAGGUUUAAACGUGGAGGACACCCCAUUUUUGCUCAGUGAAAAUAAAACAUUCUUAUUGGGGUAUUAAUUUCUGUAAAUUCCCCCCAAAACUCACGACUUGUCUUUGCCAUAGUUUGCAAAAGUUUUUUUUUCUCCUAAAAUCUUUCUAUUGCUGAAAUAACUUUCAGCAAUAGUUAUUUCUAGGAGUUCUGUACUGUCACUUCUGUAUAACUACACUGAUUAUGCAUUUUAAUGGGGCAAAUUACAUCUGACGGCAGUAUUGUUAAACAUGCAAUAAAACAAAACAGUUAAGACAAAUAAGGGGGAGGGGCUUUGGUGAGAAUAACGAGUUAAAGCUUUUUCUUCAUCUUCAGAGGGUCCAGGCGCUUUGGAGAAGCUCUGGAGUGAGAGACAUUUCUGAGGAGACGGACGCUGAUCUAUGUCCUGCCUUCCAGCUGUUUUUCCAUCUUUUUGGGGGAGGUGGGGCUUAAAUGUAACACGCAAACCCCGAUCUGACUGUAGUCACUAAUACCAAUAUUGAUCUUCGGCUAAUUUUCCUGCCAAAGUAUUUUCCGUCCUGUUCGUUCUGCUUUCAGGGAAAUUAAGCAUCACAAUAUAUAAUGUGUUAAACCAUGGGAUUACCCCACUUUUUUCCAUAUAAAUAAAUACUAAAUCAUUA